GAUGAGUAAUUGAGGUGUGUUGAAGGGUUUGUUUACGUUUUAGAUCUGAUUAGGUUUAUUUUAUAUUUGGACAUGGACGAUCCAUGGUUAGCCUACCCAUUUGACAACCUUACAGGCAAAGUGUGACCUAUCAGUUAGCUCUAAUCUUAUUUUAGUUCCAAACUAAACUAAGAAAACAAGGAGAUCAUCUCUCUAGUGCGUGUCCAUGCCCAACUUAUGGCUAUAUUUAUAACAUGGAUUAAAAAAUGAAAAAUAUUAAAUCUAAAAAUAAUUAAUAUAUAUAAAUAUAUUUUAGAUACUCAAAAAUACUUCGGUUCGGAUCGGAUUAGGUUUCAGUUCUUCAAAUACCUAAAUUUUGAAUAAUUCGGAUAUUUAAUCAAUUUGGGUUCCGAUUUGGUACUACUUAUUCGGAUUGAGAUCGGUUCGGUUCUUCGAAUUCAAAUUUUUUGCUCAACUUUAAAUAGUGACAUAAAAAACAAAUAGCAUCAUAUUUUUCUUAAAUACAUCCGCGAGGGCGCGCGGAUCAAAAUCUAGUAUAUAUGUUAUAAUAUAAAGAAUCGUUGCAUUGACUUAAAAUUGUUAAUUAUUAGACACUAAAUUAUUGAUAUUAACAUCCCAUCAACUAUAAUGUAUAAAUGUAUAUAUAAGUUAAAUAGUAUAAUAUAAGGAAUCAUCGCAUUGACUUUAAUAGAAAAUGGACUUGACUUUGGUAAUUGUUGUAAAAAAAAAGACUGGAAAUUUCAGGCGGACGACAAGUUAUGAUAUCAAUCAUGGCGUCAUCGUGGAUUACGUAAAAGCGGUAACCGGUACAUGUUAUGCUAUGUUUUGUUACAUAACCCAAAAUCAAAUCUCAUUGCUCAUCCGUAUUUUUGUUUAUAAAUACAACACCACAAAUUCACAAAAGUGACACAACACAAGUUCUCGAAGUCACUUCGGCGGAGCAAAAAAUGGCACCACCGCAUUUUCUACUUGUAACGCUUCCAGCGCAAGGUCACGUGAACCCAUCCCUCCGUUUUGCUCAUCGACUCAUCAGAACCACCGGUGCACGUGUCACUUUGGCCACAUGUCACUCCGUCUUCCAUUGCUCUAAUAUCCAAAGCCACGACAACGUGUACAAUCUCUCUCUCCUUACCUUCUCCGAUGGGUUCGACGACGGGGUCAUCUCCAACACCGAAGACGUCCAAAACAGGCUGCUGAAUCUCGAACGUAACGGCGAUAAAACGCUGUCGGAGUUCAUAGAAGCUAAUAAAAACGGAUACUCUCCCGUGGCUUGCGUGAUCUACACGAUUCUUCCUAGUUGGGUUCCAAGAUUAGCACGUAGGUUUCACCUUCCUUCUGUUCUCCUAUGGAUCCAACCCGCUUUGGCGUUCAACGUUUAUUACAAUCACUCAACGGGACAUAACUCCGGUUUUGAGUUCCCGAAUCUCCCCACUCUCGAAACCCGCGAUCUUCCUUCUUUCCUCUCACCUUCCAACACUAGCAACAACAUCGCACAAGAAGUGUAUCUAGAGUUGAUGGAGUUUCUCAAAGAAGAACCCAACGUGAAAGUUCUCGUCAACACAUUCGAUUCUCUCGAGGCAGAGGCCUUAACCGCUGUCCGGGAUAUCGAAAUGGUGGCGGUUGGGCCAUUACUUCCACCAGAUAUGUUCACAAGAAGCGAACCAGUUAAAGAUCAAAGUAAAGCGAACCAGUAUACACUUUGGCUAGACUCGAAAACAGAGUCCUCUGUUAUUUACGUUUCUUUUGGAACAAUGGUUGAGUUGUCCAAGAAACAGAUAGAGGAACUAGCUAGAGCUCUCAUUGAAUGUAAAAGGCCGUUUUUGUGGGUUAUAACUGAUAAAGUAAACAGAGAAGCGAAAAUAAAAGGAGAGAACGAGACAGAGAUUGAGAAGAUAGCUGGUUUAAGACACGAGCUCGAAGAGGUUGGUAUGAUUGUGUCUUGGUGUUCACAGGUGGAGGUUUUAAGACAUAGAGCUGUAGGUUGCUUUUUGACUCAUUGUGGGUGGAGUUCAACACUUGAGAGUUUGGUUCUCGGCGUUCCUGUGGUGGCGUUUCCUAUGUGGUCGGAUCAACCGACAAACGCCAAGCUUCUGGAGGAUUUGUGGAGGACAGGUGUGAGGGUGAGAGAGAACGAGGAUGGAUUGGUGGUGAGAGGAGAGAUAAGACGGUGUUUGGAAGCAGUGAUGGAGGAGAAGUCGGUGGAGCUGAGGGAAAACGGUGAGGCAUGGAAGCGUUUAGCGGUUGAAGCGGGUAGAGAAAAAGGGUCAUCAGAUAAGAACAUGGAGGCUUUUGUGGAGACUCUGUUCAGUGGAGCAGAGGAGGUUAAAGAUAAAAAUGAGUGUUUGGAGAAAUCUAACUUGCUCUGUUAGUUGAAAACUGUUUUUAACCUUGUCCCUUUGUUUAUCAAUUUUUCAUUAUAAAGU